CGUUCUCUCGGCCGUCAUUCAACUCGGUCCCAUCGUUCUUCUCGGCCACGGUCGCGCGUCCGCUGAGGAAAAUGUAUUGAAAAGUGUGAUUUUUGGUGUUACUUCCGGCUGAAACUUGCAUAACGUGGGUGCGAUUAGUGCACGGAAUGGCGUGCCAUUCGAUGGUGGCAGGAUAUCGUGCGGGAUAGCAGUGAAAAGUGCAUUUCUUCCAAUGUACCCAUAGCCUAGCCAGGAGGCAUAAGAAGAAAAUUUGUCUUCCUCCCGCACACACGCAACAGUAGUGCGGAGGAGCGAGUGUGUGGUGAUAUUUCUCUUCGGUGUGUUGCAUGCGCGCAUACGCUCGCCACUUCAAUGAGCGAAAGUGGGUGAGAGCAAGAGUAGAGGAGAGAGUUACUUAAGAAAAUAAACGAAAAAGCAUUUGCAUUUGUGAAGAGGAAAGCUCUGCGGCUGUGUGUGUGAGUGCUGGCCUCUUAGCCCUUAGCUGCUAGGAAGUAUAUUUAUCAAUUCGGUGUGUUAUGGGUCCUUUCGCUCGCGCUCAGAUGUUACGCAAACUAUAGAAUAGAGUUGGAUUUGUUGAAUGGAGAAUGAUUCCUGUAAUUGGCGUAUGAAGAAUGAACAAGCCGAGUCAACAGCGCCGAUCCAGUGUCAACACCAUCAUUAAGAUCACCAGAUCAAAGGGCUGAAACAUAUUUUAUUUUACUUAGUUUUUUUCCUCGCAGAAAGUCAGCCUCACAUGGAUUAAACUUUCUGCAUAAGGAAGAGUAAAAAGUGGAUGAAUGCAGACAAAGUUGGUGAGAUAUGGUCCCCAGGAACGACCUGGGGUCGAAAAGUGAAAAUCUGUGCAAUCCCGUUUGUGUAAAGUGCAGUGUCGGUUUCGUGUCGUUGUGUUCAUGAACGGAGCACGAGCAGGUAGAAAGAGAAACGAAAAAGGAAGAAAAAUAAGGGAAAACUACAAAUCUUAUCAGUGCCAGAAUAAUAUGCACGUAUCAACACAUCCAACCAGCACAAACUACAGGAACAGCAACAGUCAGAGCAUUCAGCAGAAUAUCAGCAGCGAAAGGAGUGUGAGUUCCUCUGAUAGCACCGCUGCCGGUUCAUCAUCAUCAUCAUCAUCGCUGUUUCGAAGUCAAAAUUCGGAAACUCGCCAGUGCCAGCAGCAGCAGUUGCGGCAACUGGCCGAUAAAACGCCAAGUUGCGGCGAUGACCAGGGUUAUCAACGCGAGCAGCAGCAGCAACAGCAAUCACAGCAUCAUGGUGCAAUCGUAACUACAGAAUGUGAUACUGAAGCGGAGAUCCCGGCCUCUGUCAUCAGCAGUGUUGGCACGGUAAACUACCAGCAAUCGACGGCGACGGUUCGACAGCUAUAUGUUGUGGCUCCUGUCAGCUACGCCGGCGGCAACGCCAAAAUCACCGAUACUAGCAGCAGCAACAAUGUGAAAAGUCAGGCGUACAACAGUGCUAGCGAAAGUGCCAAUCAUCACCCCAGCAGUAACAAUAAUCAAGACACGAGCUACAGCCCCAACAGCAGGAUGAUAUCACAGACGAGCAGCGGUUGCACCUCGACGGUUCAGAGCCAGGCGGUGGCAACGGCCGGUUCCGCCAAUACCAGCAAUGGAAGCAUUAACCAGCCCCGCCAGCAUCCGAAGAAGCGGAAAUUCGAUCUGGCGGAACUGGAGGAGAUGGAAUCCAACCGGGGUAGUGCAGGUGCCACCGGGCUGCCGCCUGCUGUGGACACGGGAGGCGGUGGGGGACAACCGCUGAUAAACGGGAGCAAUACUAGCAACAGUACAGUAAAUAGUAAUAAUAAUAACUUUAGUGGUAGUAGUAAUGUUAGCGUAAGCAACGAGCAUACAGGCAUGAACGAAACCAUAAGUUUGGGCCACUCGGAACUUCCAAACAGCAGACCACCCUCCGGUUCGGCAUCGCCGUCGGUGGUCACAAGUGGUAACAGCAAUUUGGGUGCAAUAAUAACCGUCACUUCGAUGGCACCGCUCCACCAAUCGAUGUUGGCCGAGGGUAUCAAUUGUAGCAGUCCAAGUAAUAACGGCACUAUGAGUGCAGCGCGGUCUAACCAGCAAAGCUAUAGCAUGGCCAGCAUGAGCAUGCACCAGCACCAACAACAUCAACAGCAGCAGCAUCAUCGUCAGGUACUCCUUACCGCCGAUUUGGGACGAUCCCAGAAUCAACAGCAGCAACAGACGGUGCGGAUACAGCAGGCGGUUGAUGGUUACUACACCAACAAAAAAAUCUACACCAGCGCUUCUUACGGUUCACCCGUCAACAACUACAAACUAGCCGCCACGCCUCCCUCAUCGAUGGGCCAGACAGUGCACCUCCAACAGUCGCAGCAGCAACUGCAGCAGACAGUAGCAACCCAGUUGUCUGGUCAGCAGCAGCAGCUGCUACAACAACAACAUCAACACACUCCAGCUAACAGCACACCACCGGAACAUAGUUCGCAUCCCAUCAGUGGUACACCGCCAGUCGCGGGACUCAUCACCACCAACACUACCUCAUCUAUAGCGCCAGCGUCGUCUUCGAGCGCGGCCCCAUCUAGCCUGAUAGAUCUGAGCGACUGGUCCAACAACUACCGGGUGCUUGCGAAGCGGAAAGACUUUUACGAGUCCGGUGUGAUACGAGCUACUUCGUCGCCAAGUACGGUAGUGGUUCAGUUCGAUUACCCCGAGGGGAGCCAGCAGACAUACGGCGAUGUGUUCGGCGCGGGUCGCUAUGACAUCAUCGACGAUGCCAGUCCGUCGGCCUCCGAUGUAAUUCCAGGUCGGAGGGUUUGUGUUCGAGCGCAAACCGUACCGCCCCAUCCGGCCGGAAAUGUUUUUGUGGAAGCCGUGGUGAAGGAGAUGCAGAACAACUCGAAGCAGUUUUCGGUUCAACUCAUUGGACCGGGCGGUAACGCACAAGAACAAAGUAGAUUGGUGAAAAGGGUGGAUAUACGGCUACUGAAACCACCCUGGUGGGAUGAGUUGGAAGAGAUGGUGGAGGCUGUCGAGGGCGCCCGAAAUCAUGUUUCGCAGAUGCAAAUAAGCAAAACAACUGCAAUGAACUAUCACAACUCCUCCGACGGGAUGGGACCGAUGCAAGUUGGAACAGCUUCGAAUGCAAUCAUGUACGGACAAAACAACGUGCCAACCGGUAGUGGAGGAAGCGUACAGUAUAAGUCUAUCAGCAUAACACAAGGACGUUCUGGAAUCCUUCCAGCUGCUACGGCUGGUUCUCGCUAUGAUCCACAACAACAGCAACAACAUCAACAGCAGCAGCAGCAGCAGCAGCAGCAGCAGCAACAACAACAGCAACAGUCACACGUGCCAUUACAAGUUUAUCAGAUACUUCCAACGCUACACGCAAACGAAGAACACUAUCGAACAGCGGCCACCUCACCAAUCCAGAGCUCUCAACAACUGGCAAGCGGUGUCGGAUCGGACGGUCAAAAUUUGAUGGCGAACAGUCACUAUCAGAUGCAACAUCUUUCUCAACAACAGCAACAUCAUCAGCAGUCACAACCACAACAGCAGCAGCAGCAACAACAACAACAACAUGGUGUCAGUGAGCCAAUUGUACCCGGUGGCUCGAACCCAGUAUUAGUGUCCGGCAGUAGUCCAGACGAUUUGCGUAACGUAAAUCGAACUUAUUACGACUACGAAAGUGACGACGAAUUGCGACGAGAAGAUAUUAGUUUUCCUAUGGAUGGAGAAAAUGAAAAGUACUCCGGCAGCAGCAAGCGCAGCAGCAUGCAAAGCCGCGGCAGUACGUCUAGCUUGCUGGAUCAGCGAAGCACUCCCAGAUCUCAACCUGCAACUCCUAGAUCUCAAGCGGCGACACCGCAUCGCUUUAAGAAGGGCGACGUUGUGUCCACUCCCAGCGGCAUACGCAAAAAGUUUAAUGGCAAGCAGUGGCGAAGGCUGUGUUCGAACGAGACAUGUUCGAAGGAAUCUCAACGACGCGGAUACUGCUCGCGGCAUCUCAGUCAAAAGGGUAACGCCCUGCGCUCGUCGACCGGCUCGACGGCGAACCACUUCAACAGCAGUCGAUCUAGUAGCAAAACGCAAUUGGAAGAAGACACAUCGCGGGAUUCUGAAACCUCACCCAACUACAGGGUUGCUGGGCGAUUCGAUCAGGAGGAAACCGAUGUAGCUAAUAUGUUAGUGUCUCUGAGCAGUUCCCGAUCGGCCACCCCGUGUAACUCAUUCUCAUCGCCGACGGGACAUGCUUCGUCUCCCCUGGCCAGUACGACUCAGUCCCCGGUGACGAUCGGAAAUCGGCAGAACGUUUUCAUGCCGAUCGGUAGCCCUGCGCCGUCCUCCUCGGAUCAUCAUGGGAAGUUCAAAACCAACACACCCAGCCCGAUCAUGUACGGCGGUAGUCAGGGACUUAGCGCCGGUGGCGGCGGAAUCGGUGGUCCAGGCAGUCUCGGAAGUGUUCAACAGCCGCCAUUAAUCCGGCCGGAACUGUUAAGGCCUGCUCAGCCCCCGCCCCAGCAACCGAUCGUGGCACUCCCGCCAACUGGUCAUGCCACCAGUGUGAUCCGGAUAUCUCCGGCGUCAUCCCACAGUACCCAGCAUCCCGGGUUGUACUCGUCCUUUCCCGGCCAGCAGCAGGUAAUUGUAGAUCCGGGAAACAAUGGGCCUCAACCACAACAGCAGUCACAGCAUCUAUCUUCGCGAAUGCAAAUCACUGCUGGAGGGCAACUCAUUCAGCCCCAACAGACGAUCCAAAUACAGCAGACGAUCGUCCAACAGCAGCAGUCGCUCUCGACGGUCCCACAACAACAACAACCAGUGACCGUGCCAAAAAACGGCAUUAGCACGGGUUCCAUCUUUCAAUGGCAUACAUUACUUCCGAUAAUCCAAGCUCCGGCCUCGAAAACGUUCGUUCACAACCAACAGCAGCAGUCGAGCUAUUCCCCAGCUCAUCAACAGUCCAAUGUCCAGCAGACGGCCAGCACGAUAAUAACAUCUCCGUCGGUCAAGAUCUGCACUCCACCGCCGUCGGAAUCGGCCGUCGAUGACGACUGCGACGACGACCAGGGAGAUGAUGAUGUUUUUGAAGCAGAGCCCGUGAAAAUGAACUAUAGCAGCAGUAACAAUAUUAAUCAGAUCAGUCAGAUAGUGGCCGGGAGAGAAAACUUUCAAAGCGCUGGGGGGAAUCAGUUGCUCCGUGGUAUGGACAUCGAAGCCGGAUCGGGUUCAUUCCCGAAUCAGCAUCGAAGUGGCGGACCCCAGGGAGCACCAGGAGCCGGAGGAGCAAACAGUAAGGCGGAAAACGAUUCUCUGGUCAAGAGACGCACACAGUCCUGCAGUGCAGCGCUGCAGGCAGCAAACAACAAUAUGAACGUUGCCGGAGGGCCAGCAGCGAAAGAACCGCAGAGCCCUUUCAACAAGAAGGAUGCAAAAAUUCGACGACCAAUGAAUGCUUUUAUGAUUUUUUCGAAGCGCCACCGGGCUCUCGUUCAUCAGAAGCAUCCCAACCAGGAUAAUCGUACUGUCAGUAAAAUCCUCGGCGAAUGGUGGUACGCGCUGAAACCAGAGGAAAAGACGAAAUACCACGAGCUGGCCAGCGAAGUCAAGGAAGCACAUUUCAAAGCCCAUCCAGAAUGGAAGUGGUGCUCGAAAGACCGACGGAAAUCCUCUUCAUCCACCAGAGACGGUCGGGGGCGAAUCGAUUCCUUCGAUGGUAACGACUCGUUCGAUGAGAAGAGUCCAAGCACCCCCUCGGAGCCAGGAGCCGGCGCGGCUUCGCAGAUGAACGACAUCAUUCCAACCACUAUUGCGCCGUACAACACCAGCAUCCACAGUGACGAUACGAUCGAAAGCGGUCGUACCCUUGACAACACUGGACCGGGUGAAAAAAUGGAUCAGGACGACGGUACCGUAUCCGAUGACGAUCAGCAAAUGGUAAUAGCGGAAGAAUCGGCUUUGCAGCCAAUCGCCGAGACAGUCGAGAUCGAUCUGAAGUGUGGCGAGAAGGUGGGCGAUUCCGAUGUGGACGAAGGAGGCAAUUUUGCUGCAAUGGGCGGUUGUGCUCCCGGUGGUGGUGGCACUGCUGACGGACAGGAGUACAAAGGAAAAAUCAAGGUUUCAGAUCCAAUGGUUUCAACAGCAUCAACUGCACAUCAAUCCGAUGGUAACUCAAACAUACCUACUGAUUACUCGAAAACGGCGACAGCACCGAUACAGCCUAAUAGUAGUAGUAGUAGCUCUGCGCCUUCGCCGCCUUCUGAUCCGCUAACCUGUAAGCCAAAACCCAUCAAGGUAGCUCUGCUGCCGCCACCCGUCUCUCACCAGCCUGGCGUUGGAGUGGGAGGUCCUAUGAAUGAUACAUCUGCGAGUGGAUCGGCCAAUAUGCUGCAUCACGGAUACCAUCAUCAAUCGCUCGCCUACUCAUAUGGUAGCCCUAAGAAUCCGAUCGGUGUGUCGCCGUUCCAACCCACAGGUGGCGCUUUCAAAACUAUGCCGCAGAGUCCCAAGACCAUCGCCAAGCAGCAGCAGCAGGACCAGUACCAGUCGGUCACAACACCCACAACCAUCAAAUCAGAACCGGCGGACAAUUUGUGCAAUAAUAACAAUAACAACAACAACAACAACAUGAACAAAACUUCGAACGGAAAUAUUUUCAAUUUUUCAACCGCUUCGAUCAAAGAACUCCAACAACAACAGCAACAGCAGCAGCAGCAACAACAAUUUGUCUCCACGGACAAUAAAUGUAAAUCGAUUAGUUUGAACCCAAUAUGUUACACGAUCUCUAACGUAAAUGGUAACACUACUAACAACAACAAUAACACUACGAUAACCGGUACUAGCAAUGCAAAUGCCAACCAUAGCAAUAACACUAUUAUGAUGAGCAUGAAACAAGGUAAACUACUAAUGGAUGUUCUCACCACCACCACCACCAAUAAUCGUACUACCAGUAAUAAUAAUAACGAAACCGUUCACCAUCCUCCAACUACUAAUCAUCUAGAUGUUAAUCAUCAUUCAACUCAUGAGCUUUCAUCAUCUAAAACACACUGCAUCCAAACCAAUAAUAAUAAUAAUAAUAAUAAUAAUAACGCUACUACUACUGCUACAUGUGCUACUACUACUUCUACUACUACCACUGCUAACACUUCUGCUAGUACCAAUACCAGUGUUGUUCAUGUUGUAAAUAACGAUAGCAAUAAUAGUAACAGUAAUGCCAUUGUUCAUCAUGCAAUCACCAACACGACUACCGCCACAACCACAGUCAGUAAUAAGCCAUUGAAUGUUGUAAAUGUUGUAACUGUAAACCCAACCAGCAACGGCUUGACCAGUACUAGUAGUACCAGCAAUAACAACAACGGUGGUAGUAUGGUUAUAUUCAGUCCGAACAGUGCAAUACUGCGACCCAGCGUCAGUCAGUCACAAUCGCAGCCAAAGUCACUGCUGGGAAAGCUCAAACUUGAAAAGGAGGACGGUUCACCAGCGGUACUCUAUGAAACUAUACUUAUUGAGCGACGUGAACCACGUCCGACACUGAUCGCUAAACCGAUUGCCACCGCGAAUACGUCGCAGACGCAAUCGUCCGGUGCGGGGAUAAUCGUGCUAACGCAAGCCUCCUUCAACGAACUGCUGCAGUCUAGUCAUGCCCUGCGAGACUCAACGGACGCCAAGGAUCACUACGCACAGCCAACCAUUGCGAAAAAACUGUUGCUGGCCAACAGUAAUGGAGCCACAGCCGGAUCCAUGUCCACCUCUACCGCUACUCCCUUAAUCAAUAUUGUGCCAUCGCCGUCGGCAGUAGGACUUCAGCAACAGUUUACCGGCGGAAGUGGAUCUACGCCGGCGUCAGAAAAUGGAGCUGGUACAGCGGCGGCAACACUUCUAACUCCGAAUCAGCUGCUCGCUGCGGCCACCGGCCGACAAAAGUUUAUGUUUGCAGUGAAUGCAAACAAUUCCCAGUUCGCGUUCGUCCUACCAGACAGUCAGCCAUACGCGCUUAACGACCGUUCGAAACUGUACGCCAACGUUUCCGCCCAGUCGUCCACCACCUCUUUCUCGUCCAUUGCUUCCUCCUCGCCAGCCUCUUUCACUACUUCCAACCUAAUUCCGUCCUCCGGAUCCUCAUGCUAUUCGACCAUGCCAGGACUAUCAGCUUCAAACGCUUACGCACUAACCUCAUCCUCGAUGGUGCAGGGACAGAAAUUGAAGCCAGCCAUAUCAUCAAGUACAACCGCAACACUCCAACCAGUACAAUAUUUGAUACAAGGAAAGAUACCGAACCUUCUCAUCUCUACCGCAACACAGGGCUAUCAACAUCCACAGCAGCAGCAACAGCAGCAACCACAGUUAAUGAAUAUCAAACAAGAACCACCCGAAUCGCCAGGUGGCAGAAACUUACCGGUCACACCCAACUCAUGUUCGUCGUCCACAAUGACCCAAGUCGGUGGUGAAGUGUGCGAGCAACAACAGCAGUCUGUUCCUGCAGCAGCAUCCGAUGAGACUGACGACGAUUUUGAGGCUGCCGAGAGCAAGAAAUUUAUCCUGGCACCCACGCCGGCACAGCUCGGACGGGCUCCGCUCCAGCGGCGACAGAUGAGUAAUAACGGCAACAGCAACAGCAGCUCGGAAAGCUCCCCGGGACAUACGACUGGGCUCGACAGUGGCAACACUCAAAUGCCUUCUGCCCUACCGACACCAACGUCGGCUUGUAUCGAUGAGUUCCAGAGUCCUCAAAUUUCACCUACCACAAAAACUAAAAAUUUCUUCAAGAAAGUCAAGCCGGAUGAUAUGGACAAUGUGCUCAGACAGGUAGAUUUCGAGAAGAAGUUUAAAACGCUGCCCCAGUUCAAGCCAGAAGACUGUCAAUCGCCCAGUGCAAUAUCAGUGCCAUCUUCGCCAAGGGUUUUCACUCAAAACUAUCGGAAGAAGCAACAGUCCCAGCAGCAGCAGCAGCAACAACAACAACAACAACAACAACAGCAGCAGCAGCAGCUCAAAACACGUGAAUAUCGCACAGCCAUGGAAGACGACCACCAUCAGCAGCAACAGUUGCAGCAUCACCCUCCACCUCCACCACCGCCGCUCACAGCGGACAGUAGCGCACCGUUGUCAUCGACUGCAACGCCUUCCAGUUCUUACAUUAUCGGCAAUCGGUUCUUCGGGCCGGAUUUUAAUAUGGAACAGUACAAAGGAUUCUUCUCUGUCGUAGAUAUGGCUGCGGACAGUUCGGAUCGUUCGCCUCGUACUCCCAAGACACCAUCUGCCCGAUCUGUCAAUUCGGCAGAGGAGAAAGGACAUCGGAAAAUUCUGGAGCAGAGACGUAACCUAGUGAUGCAGCUAUUCCAGGAGGACGGAAUGUUUCCGUCCUCCCAAGCGACCAACAACUUCCAGCUUGCCCACAGUGAUAUUUUUCCGAACAAACAAAGCCUGCAGUUGAAAAUUCGCGAGGUACGACAGAAGUACAUGGCACAACCACCCGGUUUUACGCCCCAUUCAGCUGGGCCGAUGACGCCAACCGAUCUCAGUUCUGGAACACCAUCCGACCAGUCUCAGCAAAGUCUUCAGAGCCUACAACAGCAACAGCAGCACCAACAACAGCAUGACUGAUCACAGCACCAUUAUCGAUAGUUCAGUUGUUUUCCAAUUUAUAAAAAAAGCAUUUCUAACACCACUAGUACUGGGAAGCAUUGAAAUAAACAGUCAUCUGCGUGUCAACUCUCCACAAGCACUAUUCAAUAGCCUAAAUGAUAACCUGGGGAAAAAGAAACAAACAAGCAUGAAUACAAUAGCAACAAAAUAUAGUAACACAUACAGAACCAUAUUCUCACAUAAUCAAUCGUAAUACAUAAGCCAACAAUAAACAAUAGAUUGAAGUAAACAGAAUAAUACGCAAACAAUACGUCAUCAUCCCUUCCAGUACCACUCUCUCAGCGCGAGCCAGGAAACACAAUGGCGAAUCAUCAGCACCUGCACUGCUUUACCGACAAACUCCAUUGCUACCGGCGCAUGCACACAUCCAAACAAACACACAUACUGUCAUCUCAAUCAUAACGAAACAAACCCAUGAAAUGGUGUCUCCGACAAUGUGCGAGGAUACUCGCCUAAGAUAAAAGGAAACACAGUCUCUAAAAAUUAAAAAUUUAGAGGUUAAAGAAGCGUAACGUGAAAUUUAUUAAGAUCCAUUUUGUGAGGAACAAAAUGGCAUCUAGUGAUUUUAGAUUAUAAGUUUCAGUGAAAAAAAAAUACACACGAGAAUACGAAGAAGAAAAGUGAAGUUAGUUAAGAAGAUGAUAAAAUAUUAAAGCAAAUUGUAAAUACUAUUGCAGAGUUGAAUAAUGACAGUAACAUGUAAUUGAAAGGGAUAGAAUUAAAAGUAGUGAAAAGUACAAGAAUUUAUUAACAAAUUUAACUGUGAGUUAUAGUAGUGACAAGAAAACCAAACGUUACAAAUCAUUGGAACACAAUAUGAAUCGAACAUUAUCAAGCACAUCAUCCCUCUUGGCGAAAAUGGAAUCAGCGCAAAAACACACCUGUCUAACGUCUCUCUUUCACUACCUUCCCAAACCACCUCUCAUGAGUACCCAUACUAAUUUCCCUCAAUGAAGCAUCGGAGAAAUACGGCCAGCGUCACUCUCCAGUUCAAUCCUGUCAUCCAUACUUUAUCUUUUGAAAUGCGACAAGCGCAAUAACUUGAGCAGCACAUUUUUGAAACAAAAAACUUCCAAACGAAAUUUUUCCUAACACAUCCACAAACCCCCUCACAUACAUACACAUACACGAUAGCGUAUGCAUGAAAUAAGCAAACAAAACAUUUACGAGUUGUAGUCAACAAAAUCCCAGAAAAAAAUAACCGUUAAAAAUACGAUUUACUAACAAAGCUUAAUUGAUAAAUGGAAAACAGGGGAACGGACACUAUGAUGUACACAGCAGGUUUUGGAUCGAAAAAACACGCGAUGCCCGCGUUUUGUUGAACGUUGUCUCUGAGGAUGUUAGUUCAAUAAGCACACACAACACAACACAGCACAUGAACAAACUCACAUGCAAAUCCCAGUUCGAACACAUACAGGUUAACAGAGCAGUCUAAUAUUGAAGCAGAACAAAUUUGAAACGACAGGCGUAACAAUAAAAACACACACAGAACCGUUGGAUUGUGGAAGGAAGGCAGGCAAGCAAGCAAGCAAACAGCAAAUAAAGCUAUGAAACAGCUGCGCGUAAAGUUUCGUGUAGACAGCAUGCAAAUUGGACACGUUGAAUUCGAAAAACAGUUUUAGAAAAGAACACAAAUCAUAUUGUAAAAAAAAAACAAACAUUUCAUAAAUAUGAACGCAAACUGAAAAAAAGCGGCGCAAAAAUUCGAAAAGUGAAUAAACACAUAAAAAUUAAAGUAUUGAAA